GUGCCCGCCACAUAGGAUGCAUUAAUACAACACAAGAUGCUCCUGCCCCAAAAUUUCCAGAGGGAAAAAUCUGCAGUGGGGGUAGAAGUCUGGCUUUCUGAGAAGAGUUGAAGAGUCCUGAAUGGACACAACACUAAAUGGCUUUAUAAACACAAUAUGACCAACAGAUACAUCCCAAGGCUCUGAUCUUGAACAGAAAACAGAUGAAUUACUCUGGUACUUUAACAGAUAACUCGUGGGUUUACAUGUCAGGCAGAUGGGUAAAAAUUACCUUUCUGUGGUCUCAAGGCCCUAUGUGAGGUUGCCCAGAAUGUCUGCAUAAAUAAUAUUUCUCGCAUUGUGCAGUGCAUAGCCUACACAACUGUAUAUGGCAGCCCUGUGUGACCUCCACUCCAUGGGCUUUUUUGCUUUGCAUUGUACCCUUUGUCCACCUGUGGUCUCAGAUGCACCAUAAGGUCCUUGACAGCAGAAACACAGAUUAUAUCAUAUUUUAUUCCACAGUACCCGGCACUCUCCCCCAGCAACUCAGGAAGGGCUUCUUCUGACUAACUCCAGGAGAUGACAGCAGCCUCCUUUGGGCCUCCCACGGCCCUCUGGGAAGGCUCAGUUCAAGAACCACACAUUUCCCAUCAGUAUCCAGUACCGAGCCUUCACCUGACCUUCCUUAAGACCAGUUUAACUCAAGAAUCAGGAAAUCAUUAACAGUGGAGGCUCUCUGAGGGAAAGGACUUCGAUCUGUGGUCACCCAGAACCACUGUGUACAUGCGAGGCACUCCAUAACUACAGGGAUACAUCAGCCUUCUCGUGCAUACAAAGGGGAGUAUAUGAAUGCUGUUAUCCAAUACUUACCUAGGCAGGAUCAGAGACCUGAGACACCAUUGCUGGAGACCUCUCAGUUUCAGAUAAUCCCUAACCCUAAGCCAAAAUCUGUGGCCACCCCCUACCCCAUGAGUGCUUUGCUCCCUGUUCCUGUUCUGUCCUAUAGAGUCCUAGACACAAAAGUCUGGCGCAGCAAAGAGGAAACUCCAAGGCCCAACCCAUACCUGUAGGUUCCAACCAACCAGAGUCAACUGUUUCCAAAGGACUCACUCUUUGUUCACCCUAUAGUGGGGACAGAAAGAUCAAGGCUCAGGACAGCCAGGCCUGCUCCUCUCUACUGCUGCUGCUACACACUGCGAACCUGGCUCCCAGCCUGAGACACACAGGCCUGGUGCAAAAGUAGAGCAGUUAAGGAUCAGAAAGAAAAGCCUGUUCAUCCCUGCUUCCUUCUCGGCAAAGUUCCCAAGUGAUGGGGCUCCUUGGGCACAAAUUCCUCCACAGCCAGGGUUCCUCUAAGCUGCCCUUAGGGGCAAAAGUCUCCAAGUUCUCAAGAGUCCAUCCACUUCCCCAAAGGGUUCUUCCCUCUGGAGUUAAGCACUGCAGGGAACCACAAGUGUCCCCCCUAAUACCCAUACAGCUCAGGUGUGCAGAUAAGACAAGGUUCUCCAGCACAGGUAAGAACGUUAUGCCAUCCUCGACUCCCAGGAGGGUCAUCCCAUCUGGAAGCAAUACCACUGCCUGCCCCUACCUUGCUCUACAACCUACAGGCCCUGCCACUUUCAUGCAGGAUACAAAGAUAGCAGCCAGCAUGUUUCAUUCCAGUGAGUUUUGGGGACAAAUGAUAAUUCAUUGAGCAUGAGGGGACUCCUUCCCCAAUGGAGAACCUGAGGCACCAAGGACUUAGCAAGAAACAGGAGCUCUAAGCAAAGAGAAAGGCUGGACCCAGGUUAGUGUGGACCCUGGGCUGGUCCCAGGAACAGUGCUCAGUGCAAGAUGGGAGGAGAGAAAGAAGCCCUCAGUCCCACAAGCAGCCAGAUAAAAGGCAAUGGAGGCAUGUGAGCAGGACCCAGCAGGUAGCAGAGGUCAGGAAAUUUGGGAGAGGUAAGGAAAGCCAGGCAGAUAAAACUCUGGGCUCCCUUCCUUUGGGAGUCACAACCAGAGAAACAGCUCAGCUAGUUGCAUAAUCCUUCUAUUUGUCCAGAGCUACAUUUUGUCCAGAAACUCUGUCCUGAGAGGUGGCGAAAGAAGACAUCCAGCAAGAACUGGACAAGCAGGGAACAAAGGUGGUCCUCACUGCCUCCCAGUAGAAUGGAGGUGCACAAUGUAUCUGCCCCCUUCAACUUCUCCAUGCCCCCUGGCUUUGGCAAGCGCCCCACGGACAUGGCGCUGAGCGUGAUCCUGGUGAUAAUGCUACUGACUGUCAUGCUGUCAUUGGGCUGCACUAUGGAGUUCAGCAAGAUCAAGGCUCACUUCUGGAAGCCUAAGGGGCUAGCCAUCGCCAUGGUGGCCCAGUACGGCAUCAUGCCCCUCACUGCCUUUGUGGUGGGCAAGGUUUUCCAGCUGAACAACAUUGAGGCGCUGGCCAUCCUGAUCUGUGGCUGCUCACCUGGGGGGAACCUGUCCAACCUCUUCAGUCUGGCCGUGAAGGGAGACAUGAACCUCAGCAUUGUGAUGACCACCUGCUCCACCUUCUGCGCCUUGGGCUUGAUGCCUCUGCUGCUGUAUGUCUACUCUAGAGGGAUCUAUGAUGGGAACCUGAAGGACAAGGUGCCCUAUGGAGGCAUCAUGCUAUCACUGGUCAUGGUUCUUAUUCCUUGCACCAUAGGGAUAAUCCUCAAAACCAAACGGCCACAAUAUGUAUCCUACAUCAUGAGGGGAGGAAUGAUCCUCACAUUCUUGCUCAGCAUAGCUGUCACAGUCCUCUCUGUCAUCAAUGUUGGCAAGAGCAUCAUGUAUGUCAUGACACCACACUUGCUGACCACCUCUUCCCUGAUGCCUUUCACUGGAUUCCUGCUAGGCUACAUUCUCUCUGCUCUCUUCCGCCUCAAUGCACAGUGCAGCCGUACCAUCAGCAUGGAGACUGGAUUCCAAAAUGUCCAACUCUGUUCUACCAUCCUUAAUGUGACCUUUCCCCCUGAAGUAAUUGGACCACUUUUCUUCUUUCCUCUCCUCUACAUGAUUUUUCAACUUGUGGAAGGAUUUCUCUUCAUUGUCAUCUUUCGGUGCUAUGAGAAAAUCAAGCCUCCCAAGGGUGAGUAUUCAACCAAUCCCCCCUUUAAGUUCUACUCUCAUAUCAAAUCUGAACUUACCUACAACAAGCCAGUUUCUACUAGGAACUUUUGGAAUGUGCCUUUUAAUUCCUCACUAGCAACAAGGUACCACCAAAAACCAACACAUAACCAAGGCCAUUUCCAUUAGCUGCACUGCAUUUCUGCCUUCUAGCUGAAGUUCCAUCAAAUAGAUGGAGCUUGUCUCAUGGGACUGAGGCGAUUUGGCUAUUUGGUGUAAGUAGGGAGACCGAGAGACCAUUUAUCACUAUGAGGAAAUAGAACUGACAGUUGAGAUUAUGUGAACACCCUCUACUUACAGGAUUCAGGACAUUUCUGCAUUUAGGACUGGGUCUCAGAUCAGAGCCCUAGCACUACUACCCUUGUUGCAAUUGGGAAAACACAUUAAAGCACUGCAGCCCUAACAAAACCCAAAAAAGGGAUUCAACUCUGGUUACACAGUAAUUUAAGUACAAGCUUAAAAGGUUGAGGAUUUUUCUCUUUCUUCCUGUAUUGGGGUUUGAACAAAAGGCCUCAAACUUGCCAAGUAGUUCUACUACUUACCCACACCCCCAGCACAGGAUUAAGUAGUAACUGUAACAAAAUAAACUCAAUUUAUUUUUCUUUUAUGGUAUUGGACACUGAACCCAUAGCCCACAGGUGCCAAGCACUCCACCACUAAGCUACAACUUCAGACCAUGUCUUUUAUAUCUAUUUAAUUCUAAACAUCAGUGUGUUUUCCCUCAUCACCUGAUUCCUUGAACGCCUUACUUCUCACAAUACUAAGGCCUCUUCAAGACCUUUUUAAGUUCUUGGGAAUUGUGAUUUAUAUCCUAAUAGACACACACAACUUUCCUUAAUGGAAUUAUACUAUGCUAUCAAUGCAGAUUUGCUCCUUUGUGGUUAAUAAUUUUAGUUAUCAGUCAAAAACUAAUAAAAGGCUGACAUACUAUAGAACCAUUUUAUAAACCAUGGUUCAAAACUACAGCAGAGUUUUAGAAGGAACCUAAGCCUGAGAUUUAUCUGAGAGCAACUUAAGGAGAUUUGUUGCCCAAUGAGAUUCCCUCUCUAUUACCUGGAGAAAAAGGUGCUAGAGAAGAAAGAAAUUUCUACACAGUCACCAACCAGAGGUUUCAGGCUUAAAGUUCUAGUCCCAAAGGGCCUGAAUGACCUUUAAGGAGCAAUAUUGAGCUCAAUUCGCAGUACCACCAAAAAAAAAAUUUUUUUUUUGAGGGGGCAAUACUCCAGAUUUUUAGCUCUCAAAAGUUUAAAAGGAAAUACCCUCAUAGUACUGAACUUUAGUGACAAAACUAAGUGAAAGCAAUUAUUAUCUCUUUGGAGCUGAAGGCCUUGAGCAGCCCUUUCCAGAGUGAAAAAUCUGUCACAAAAGUUUGUGCUUUUGACGCCUGUGCCCCCCUAAGAACAAGGAAGGUAGAAUGGAUGCAUCAUCUUCAAUGUUCCUCACCACCUCCAUACAGGCAGGAAAAGGUGACCAAUGUGGGAAGUGAGAAAGGGGGAAGCCCCCCUGGUCUGAUUUCCCUAAAGCUGUUUCUCUCUGCCCACUCCUUAUUUCCAGGAUGCAAGUGACUGCUUACAUUUUUAAACCCAUUUUCCCUAUAUUUUGUUGUACAUAUACAAGUAGGGGGAUUAAUGAAAACUCAAUGCUAUAAUUUUAUAAGCUAUUAAUACUAUUACUAGUAUUAGACAGGGAAGCAAAUCUCAAAUCUGAAUCAUUGGAGGAGUAUAAGAAAACAAUACACAUAUAGCAUGCUGCAGAAAGUUGAUACUCUUUUCUUCCCAGAUUGAACAAGCUUUGUGUUACUCCUUUCCCUCCACACCUUUAACCCUUUUUAACUUUACAGAUAAAACAAAAAUGAUCUACACAGCUGCCUCAACUGAAGAAGCAAUUCCAGAAGCUCUGGGUAAUGGCACUCAAAAAGAGGAGAGGAGUGCUCCCCUUGCACAACCUAGCCCUUCCCCCAAUGGCCUAGAUUCUAAUAAGAUGGCAAUUUAGAAAGCCAGUGUGGUCAAAAGAAGAGCAGCAAAAAAUGAAAGACCACCAAGCUUGUCUGAGCCUUUGUCCAGCACUUCUGACAACCUCACUUCUAGCAAACCUAUCAAAAGAAUCAUCAAAUCUUGGCCUGAAGGACAGAGCAUCAUCUACACAUCCAACUUAGAAUUUGGUAAUUAUUUAGAAAAUAAAAGAACUUGGUGACUACAAACUAUGAAUGCAGAGACAACAUCUGCCUUCUGCAACAGUGCCUGAUAAGCAUGUAAGUCAUUCAAUUUUUGAACUAAUCAAUAAACGGGUGUUUUACCCAUUAAUCAAAUACCCAAACCCCAUUUCAAGUUUUGUGACCCAAAAGGGAAUGUUGGUAGACUAAAGUUCUAACCUAUUAAAAAAAAUUCUAUUCUUUCCCUUUAACAUUUAGAUUAAAGCUGAGAACAGUCAAAUAUGACUUAUCAAGCACACAAAAAAUGGACACAAUAAAAUGCAAAAGCAAUUAAAACAAAAAAUUCAAAACAGUUCACACAACCUGAAUACCAGAAGCAGAGAAUUAAAAGAAAAAGCCAAGAAACAAACAGAAUUUCACUUUACUAUCCAAUUGUCCUUUCAUUACCUACCAGUGGUAUUAAGCACCGCCAAAACUUGGGGAGAUCAUGCAAACUACUGCCAAAUAAUGGCUUCCUGAUCCAAGAAAAAUACUCAACUUCCUAAAUUUCAAAUACCCUCUAAUUAAAUUUAAGCAUUUUGCACUUUACUCAAUGCAAACAAGCAUUACAAGAUUAAUAAACAGCAAAUACAACACUUGCAUACACCUGACAUGCCUAGUUACUUGUCAAUUUCCUAUAAUGAUCAAGUACAACUGAAACCAACUUAGGGCACCAGUUUGACAAAUGCACAAGACUAACAAGUUCUCACAAUACCAGAACAAGAAUCACCAAUGUGACCCAUUACUUUACCCCCCAGUACUGGGGUUUGAAAUCAAGGCCUUACACCCAGGCCAUCUAUCACUUGAGCCAUGCCCUUACCUAGCAAUCCACUUUGCUUUAAUUUUUCAGUCUUCUGCUUUUUGCCCAUAGCCAGCCUCAGACUGAAAUUCUACCUCCAAAUUCUACAUAGCUGAAAUUACAGGUAUAUAUCACUAUGGCCAGCCCAGGUUUUUCAGAUUUUCCAAGUCUACUCCCUGAUAUUUUUACAGAUUACAUCCAUAUGUGUAUUAUCUGUUCAAACUGUUUUCUCAAUAUUCAGCUGACAUCAAUCUGCUCAGACUUAGUUACUACAACAAAAUACUGUAAAAAUAAGUUUAGCUUUUGAAGGUUAAGGUCUGACUUCAAAUUUAUCACCCUCAAAACUACCCUUCAAGAACUAGAUAAAAACACAGAAACCAAAGGCUACAUCAUGUUGUAAAAAGAUGGUCCUAAACAUUCGUUAGCCUCACAUUUGCACUGCUCAGGACUUCUCAAUCCUGAGUGUAGUUAGGUUAUCUUAAUUCAUACUGACUCGCCUUUUGGAACCUUUUACUUCUCUGACAUGUUUUCAAAGGGGUUGUUUUAUUCCUUCACAAGUACUUGUGAAGGUUAAAAGCAGGAAGUCUUAUUAUGAAUUCAGAUGUAAAGAAGAAUAAAGUAUUAAGUUAUGUAAUUGCCAUGCUACCCUGAAUGUAUCUUAAGGAUCAAAGGAGGGGAAAUUGUCUUUGAUGGCAACUUCAGACUGGUCUUGUACAACUUUCUGAGAAAAUCCUUGAGUAAAUAAGUACACCACAACCCUUCCUAGAUUCAGCCUAUCAGAAGGAUCAGCAGUAUUUCAUGGCCCACAUCCUAAUCUUGGAUCAAGUGGGAACGCCAGGGCUAUCAAAACUUUUCAAACCUGUUCCCAAAUGGUGAAUCCUACUCUGCCCAUCUACACUAAUACCAAUUCCACCUUUCUGAAACCAGAACUGUGUGCAGUUCUGGAGCCCAUAGACAUAAACCCUGAAUUCUAACACUCCCUUGUCCUCUGUAAAGUCCCUAAAGCCAAUGAUGGUAAUUCAUGCCUAUAAUCCCAGCACUCAGGAGGCCAAGGCAGAAGGAUGAGUUCCAGGACUACAUACUGAGAACCUAUCUUAAAAAAAAAAAAAAGUCCCUCAAUUUCCUGAGUACCUUAC